GAAGGGGGCUGCUCUAGGUAUAAAUAUCGAUUUUUUUCAGCAGAAUAGUCAUCACAUCAUAUUGAUAGAUCAGCGACCUUGUUCAUCAUCAUGAAAGUAGUAAUUGCUCUGUUUGCUCUGGUAGCUGUAGCCGUAGCUGGCCCAGUCAGUCCAGACGCUGCCGCUCAGGUGCUGAAGAGUGACGUUGACAAUAUUGGAGUGGGACAGUACCAAUACGGAUACGAAACCAGCAACGGAAUCGCCGCUCAAGAACAAGGACAACUGGUCAACGCUGGAUCUGAAAACGAAGCUAUCGCUGUCCGUGGUUCCUUCCAAUACACCGGACCUGACAAUCAGCAAUACGUUGUAAAUUAUGUAGCUGACGAGAACGGUUUCCAGCCACAAGGUGCCCAUUUGCCCGUAGCUUAGAUUUAAAUGUUGUGACUUGUUUUAGGUUGUUAAGUGUUGUAAAUAUUAAAUGAAAACCGUAAAAA